AUGAGUGAUUGGGGUUACCAUGUUGCUUUGAACUGCUAUGCAUUAAUCAUUCGUAUCGAUUAUCUCUCUCAUUCACAUCUAUCUAUCUAUCUAUCUAUCAAUCUAUCUAUCUAUCUAUCUAUCUAUCUUGUUCGAUUCCUCCCUAUCUAUUUCAGUCUCUUGUUGUCUAUCAGUCUAUCAAAUUAUCUACUUGAAUGUGAUCUUUAUCUAUCGAAUAUGUUCAUAUCUAUCUAUCUAUCUAUCUAUCUAUCUAUCUAUCUAUCUAAACUGAUUCCUUUUGUUUAUAUUAUCUAUCUAUCUAUCUAUCUAUCUAUCUAUCUAUCUAUCUAUCUAUCUAUCUUAGCCUGUUCUUAUAGUAGCUUCCUGUUGAUAUAUAUCUAUACAUAUCUAUAUCUACGUGUUUGUUUCUAUCUAUCUAUCUAUCUAUCUAUCUAUCUAUCUAUCUAUCUAUCUAUCUAUCUAUACCUUCUAUUCAUAUCUAAGUUUAUUUAUAUCUAUCUAUCUAUCUAUCUAUCUAUCUAUCUAUCUAUCUAUCUAUCUAUCUCAGACCGUCGCAUCUAUCUAUCUAUCUAUCUAUCUAUCUAUCUAUCUAUCUCAUUCUGUUCAAAUCUAUCUCAGUCUGUUCAUAAGAAUCUAUCUCUCUAUCUAUCUAUUUAUCUCAGUCUGUGCAAAUCUCACAGUGACAAAUUUUAA